AUGAUUCUCCUCAUUGCAACUCUCAUUCUACUCGUGAUCGCCGGCCUCUACCACGUCCUAAUUCCACCCUCUAACUUUCCUCGCAACAUCCCCACAAUCCCAAUCUGGGUCUCGUUCCUCGGUUUCUUUACUCCCCUCGACCAACUAGAAAUAUACUCUCAGUAUCUGGAACCCUAUCUGCAGCAGCACGGAGCCGCCAAAUACUUUUUCGGCGGCCGUUGGAAUAUCCUUGUCAAGAAGCCUGACCUCCUUUCGGAUAUAUUGAAGCACGAAGACGUCUUCGCAAAGAGCGGGAACCAGAAGAAGAUCCCCUACAGUGUACUCGCCGCUUUUACAGGCGACAACGUCAUCAGCGCACAUGGGCAGGCGUGGAAGUUGUACCGGGAUGCCAUGAAGCCAGGGCUGCAAAGGCACGAUUUCGAUGUAGAUGGGAUCAGGAAGAAUGCGGAGAGAUUGGCUUGGUUGCUGUUGGAGGCGCAGAAGGGGUUGCAGAAUCCUAGAGGUGUUGCGGUGAAUCCGCUGAUUCAGAGGUUUGCAAUGCAGACGCUUGGACAGACGGUCCUGGGAACUGAUUUCAAAACACUGGAAUCAGCGACGUCGAGAAUCCACACAAUCCACACGCAGCUUAAGAUGCAGAUUUUCAAGCCGCUCUAUCUCACGAUGCCGUUCCUGGACCGCUUGCCUAUUAAAUCGCGGAGAAAAGCCAGGGCGCUUGUCGAUGAGUUUGAAGACGAGCUUGUCAAAACUGUUUUGGAACAGACUGAGAAAUUACCCGAGGACGAUGACAUGCUUGUUUCACUGAUGAAGCGCGCAAGGCGUGAUGGGACGUGGACGGAGCGCCAAUUCCGCGACAAUCUCAAAAUCGUAUUCAUAGCCGGUCAUGAGAACGUCCAGCAGCUCCUAAACAGUCUCCUCUAUGUCCUCGCCAAAUACCCCCAAACCCAAGAGCAGCUGCGAGACGAGUUCCGGGCCGAUUAUGACGCCGAGAGCAUGAAAUCCUCUACCCUGCUAACUUCGGUACUUCUCGAGACACUUCGCCUGUUCCCACCAAUCCCACAACUUGUGAACCGCAAGACAACCGCCGCAGUUCUCCUCGGUGACAUCCCGAUUCCCAAAGACACCUAUGUCGGCUGGACCGCGACCGGCGCCCACAGGGAUACGGAAGCAUGGGGUUCCAACGCAGACGAGUUCCAACCGGAGAGAUGGGGCGAUACACCAGAGCAGGUUCACGGCAACAUGCGGAAGCAUACGAGCAAAUCCCAGUUCAUCCCGUUCCACGGUGGCAGGAGAGCGUGCCUGGGCCAGAACUUCGCCAUGCUGGAGGUCCGAGCGGUGGUCGUAGAACUUUUGAGAACGAGUCGGUGGCGGUUUGAGGAGGACGCGACGGUUAAGUUCACGCCUGGAGGGUUGCUUGCGCCAAUGGGGAUGAGAUUGGUGUUUGAAAACUUGAAGGCUUGA